AUUCGCCACCGACGGCAAAGUCGUGAAACCCCAUCACCACACUCCAUCUCCGUAUCGGCCCCUGCAGGGUCUAAGCUGCUAAAGAAGCUUUAACCUUAAGGGGGCCUCAGGGAGAGAGGAGUUGUACCGCUGCCGCCGAGAGCCCCACCUCCGCGGCUCCGGGUCCCGGGUCUCGGGCCCGACCUGUGGAGGCGAGCGGCGGCCGCAGGAAGCGGGCGGAGGCGGCGGGCGACCAGCCCGGUUCUCCGUCGCUCCGUGCGGGGCUGGGAGAGGGGAUCCGCCAUAUUGGAGCCGGAGCCGAAGGUACCUUGCAGCCGCCGCGCGAGGCGGGCGGAGGUGGCGGCCCUGGCCUGGAUCUGGGAGGAGUCGGCUGCUCCGAGGCCCGCAAGGCUGGGGAGUGAAUGAACGGCUCACGCUAGUCUCCUCCCCGCCCACUCUCUCCACUUUCCGCCGCCGGGACCCAGCCGCGAGGGGGCCGGAGUCGGCCGUGGCAGCGGCGGCGGCAGGAUGUUCUCUAAGAAGCCGCACGGGGACGUGAAGAAGUCUACCCAGAAGGUGCUGGACACCAAGAAGGACGCCCUGACCCGUCUCAAGCACCUGCGCAUCGUCAUUGAGAAUGCAGAGUCCAUCGAUCUUAAACAGUUUUUUGACCAACAUUUUUCACAUAUAUAUUAUGUGUUCUUUGAGAAUUUUGUUACUAUUGAAGCUAGUCUUAAACAGAAAGGUCACAAAUCUCAGAGGGAGGAAUUGGAUGCUAUACUUUUUAUUUUUGAGAAAAUUUUACAACUUCUUCCAGAAAGAAUUCAUCAGCGAUGGCAGUUUCAUAGUAUUGGAUUAAUUUUAAAGAAACUGCUGCACACAGGAAACUCCUUGAAGAUUAGGCGGGAAGGUGUUCGUCUUUUCUUAUUAUGGUUACAAGCUCUUCAGAAUAACUGUAGCAGAGAACAGCUUUGGAUGUUUUCAUGCUUAAUCCCUGGCUUUUCAGCACCACAAUCUGAAUAUGGACCUCGAACUUUAGAUAAUCUCAUUAAUCCUCCACUCAACCUUCAAGAAACUCAAGUCACUAUAGAGGAAAUUACUCCUCUUGUCCCCCCACAAUCAGGAGAUAAAGGACAGGAAGAUCUUACCAGCUAUUUUCUUGAAGCACUUUUAAAGUACAUAGUAAUUCAGGUAAAAAGUUUAGAAUGGAAGAACAAAGAAAACCAAGAAAGGGGAUUUUCAUUUUUGUUUUCACAUUUUAAGAAAUAUUACUUGCCUUAUAUUUUUCCAAACAUCUGUAAAGAGAAUAGUUUAUAUCAUCCUGUCCUUGAUAUCCCACAAAUGAGACCAAAGCCACAUUAUGUCAUGAUAAAGAAGGAUGCUGAAACCAAUGAAGCAAUUUAUUGUACGAAGGAGCCUUUCAUUAAGGCUCGAGUUAUUGUCAUUCGUUGGCUGGUUUCAUUCUGGCUUGAGCCAAAGCCGCAUACAGGACCUCAUAUUCCUGGGAUGGAAGGUGAAGUCUUGCCAAAGAAUAUUCAGAGAGCAGCUGCUAGUUUGGUAUCCAGAGAAGAAAACAAAAAUGAUAAUGCUGAUAAAGCGGAUAGAACUACAGAACCCGAACAGUCUCAUUCCAACACAAGCACUCUCACGGAGCGAGAACCUAGCUCUUCUAGCCUCUGUAGUAUUGAUGAAGAACAUCUUACAGACAUUGAAAUAGUCCGCAGAGUUUUUUCUUCAAAAAGAAGUAAUGUAAACUUUGUUACAGAGAUAUUUCGUCAGGCAUUUUUAUUACCAAUUUGUGAAGCAGCAGCUAUGAGAAAAGUGGUAAAAGUGUAUCAAGAAUGGAUCCAGCAAGAGGAAAAACCUUUGUUUAUGCAAGAGCCAGAAGAAAUUGUGAUCUCUUCUUCAGACUUACCAUGCAUUGACAACGUCACAGACCAUGAUAUUUCAGUGGAAGAAGGAGAAAAGAGAGAAGAGGAAAAUGGAACCAAUAUUGCUGAUCAUGUUCGAAAUUCCACUUGGACAAAAAAUGGCACCUACCAAGAUGUUCUUCAUAAUGCUUCUGAAGAAGCCACAGAACAAAACAUACGAGCGGGUACUCAGGCAGUUUUGCAGGUGUUUAUUAUCAACUCCUCAAACAUAUUUCUUCUUGAACCUGCAAAUGAGAUAAAAAGUCUUCUGGAUGAGCACACAGAUAUGUGUAAACGAAUUCUCAAUAUUUAUCGGUUCAUGGUUGUGCAAGUAUCAAUGGACAAAAAGACUUGGGAACAGAUGCUGCUUGUGUUGCUCAGAGUCACGGAGUCUGUGCUGAAGAUGCCAUCACAAACUUUUCUACAGUUCCAGGGGAAAAAAAAUAUGACCUUGGCAGGUCGACUUGCAGGACCUCUUUUCCAGACUCUUAUAGUUGCCUGGAUCAAAGCAAAUCUAAAUGUGUACAUCUCCCGAGAACUUUGGGAUGACUUACUCUCAGUAUUAUCAUCACUGACCUAUUGGGAAGAGCUAGCCACUGAAUGGUCACUGACAAUGGAAACACUAACUAAAGUUUUAGCUAGAAAUUUAUAUAGUUUGGAUCUUAGUGAUUUACCAUUGGAUAAGCUAAGCGAACAGAAACAAAAAAAGCACAAAGGGAAAGGAGUGGGACAUGAGUUUCAGAAAGUUUCAGUUGACAAGUCAUUUUCUAGAGGAUGGAGUCGUGAUCAGCCUGGCCAAGCGCCGAUGAGACAGAGAAGUGCAACAACCACUGGUUCCCCAGGAACGGAAAAGGCGAGAAGUAUAGUACGGCAAAAAACUGUUGCCAUGAGAAGCCGAUCCAUUGGUGAAUGUGCUCUGCCAUCGGCCUAUAUACGCAGUGCUAAAAGUGCUCCUGUUCUGAUCCAUACUUCCAAACCCUUCUUGCCUGAUAUUGUUCUCACUCCCCUUUCUGAUGAGCUUUCAGAUAUUGACGAUGCUCAAAUACUUCCUCGUCCAACUAGAGUCAGACAUUUUUCACAAAGCGAAGACUCUGGAAAUGAAGUUUUUGGUGCUUUGAGUGAGGAGCAGCCAUUGCCUCGAAGUAGCAGCACUUCUGACAUCUUGGAACCAUUCACUGUUGAACGAGCCAAAGGUGCAGUUCCUGUCAUUGACAGUUCAUCCCGUCAUGCGCCAAGCUUGCAGAGUUCCACAGAGGCUUCUUCAAUAUCUAGAUCCACUGAAAGCCACAUCACUGAUACUCAUAGUAGAGAGUCUUCUCUGGAAGUUGGUGAUAGCAUAUAUGACCAUCUUUGUCACUUAAUAGAUCCAGUAGAACUUGCAGAUUCAGCUUUUGAACAAAUCCAGUACAUUGACCUUGAAGGAGAUGAUGAUCUUCUUUCCUCCCUGAAAGAAUAUUUUAAGGAAAACCAGGAAAGUCAUAGUAAAAAUGAGUUAGGUAAAGAUACAGCUUCACAGGAAGUGAGUAUUGCAGUAAAUAGAGAUGAAAGAUCAUCCUUAGAUAAUUUAGAGUACAUAGACCAGGAGAGUAAAUCAGAAAAUACCACCUGUUUUGUUGGGACUCCUGAAAGCAUACAGUUUCAAAAGGAACCAAACUCAGCUGUCUUCAUGAGUGAUAGUGCAUCCAACCAGUUAGACAGCUUUAUGAGAACAAAAACUGAAAAAUGUAAACAACUAAACAGCGAUCACCAGUCUUCGGAACCCAGUUCAGGUAGCCCUUGUGAUAAAGAAAAGAGGAAACAUUUGUAUAGACAAACAGCCACAGAAUUAGAUGCCUGUGUAGAUAUAACACUAGCUGAAAAGGUUAAGGCUGUGCAAAUUAAUGAAAAUAUCACUGUCCCACAUGUUAUGCAUGCCAAGAAAACUACACUAAAAGCACCUGUUAACCGUAGAAUGCCUCAUGUUACAAGUACUAGCAAGCUUUCUCCAACUAAAAGGAGCUUGUCUGAAACAGUAACUCAUAGAGCCAAAAUCAUGAAAAUCGCUACUAAAAAACGAAAUAGUGUUCAUGUUACUUUUAGACCAUCUACUGAGUCAGUUCAGUUUUAUAAUCCUCUGGAAAACAAAGAGGCUCCAUGGAAGAUGAGACUGCGGAAGCUCAGUGGCUUUACUAGUAGUAGUAGCAGCAGUACUGGCACCAGCAACUCCCACACCAGCUCAGACAGUGUCACAGAACUAGUAAAACCUGGUGUGUACAGGCCUCUCGAUACAAUUAGUACAGCUUCAGUAAGUAGUAAAACCAUUAAGGAAUCUACAGAGAUUCCCACCGCCACGUCACAAAAAGAAGGAAUCGCAAGUAAUCAGUUAGGUAGUCGUAGUACUCCUAGGUCAUCAAGUCAUGAGGCAGGACUACAGCAGGGAUCCCUGGGUGGCGUUUAUAAAACUGUUGUACAUGCUCUUUCGAAGCCGAAGGCAAAUGUUUCCCCACAGAGGCAGAACAGAAUGCCACCAGAGGCUCCACUGAGGGAUCUGUACAGUCAUGUAAUGGGCUAUUUUGGAAGGAAAGCUGCAGUCAAUAAAGAGGACAUGAGCUCAAAACUGCCCCCUCUUAAUAGUGAUAUUGGCAGCAGCAAUGCUAAUGUUCCUGAUCUGAUGGAUGAGUUUAUAGCAGAACGACUUCGAAGUGGUAAUGCCUCAACUAUGACAAGAAGAGGAAGUAGUCCAGGCAGCCUCGAAAUUCCCAAAGACCUCCCUGAUAUUCUAAACAAGCAGAACCAGAUGCGCCCUAUUGAUGACCCAGGUGUGCCAUCAGAAUGGACUUCUCCUGCCAGUGCAGGGAGCAGUGACCUUAUCAGCUCAGACAGUCAUUCGGAUUCUUUCAGCGCUUUCCAGUAUGAUGGCCGAAAAUUUGACAAUUUUGGCUUUGGAGCUGAUACUGGGACUGCAUCCUCUGCUGAUGUGGAUUCAGGUUCUGGCCAUUAUCACAGUGCUGAAGAGCAAGAAGUGGCUAGUCUAACCACACUUCACAUCGAUUCUGAGACAAGCAGUCUUAAUCAACAAGCCUUCUCUACUGAAGUUGCAACAGUUACUGGUUCAGAAAGUGCUUCUCCGGUCCAUUCGGCUCUGGGAUCCAGGUCACAGACACCUUCUCCUUCCACAUUGAAUAUAGAUCACAUGGAACAGAAGGAUCUACAGCUCGAUGAGAAGCUCCACCACUCUGUUCUUCAGACACCAGAUGACCUAGAAAUCAGUGAAUUUCCAUCUGAAUGUUGUAGUGUGAUGGCAGGGGGCACUCUCACAGGAUGGCAUGCUGAUGUUGCUACUGUAAUGUGGCGAAGAAUGCUAGGCAUUUUGGGAGAUGUCAAUGCUAUUAUGGAUCCUGAAAUUCAUGCUCAAGUUUUUGAUUACCUCUGUGAACUUUGGCAAAAUCUAGCAAAGAUUAGAGAUAACCUUGGCAUUUCAACUGAUAAUCUGACCUCACCUUCUCCACCGGUUUUGAUUCCUCCACUGAGAAUCCUUACACCCUGGCUUUUCAAGGCAACCAUGUUAACUGAUAAAUAUAAACAAGGUAAAUUACAUGCUUAUAAACUUAUUUGUAAUACAAUGAAAAGAAGACAAGAUGUUUCUCCAAAUAGAGAUUUUCUAACACAUUUCUACAAUAUAAUGCAUUGUGGAUUACUUCAUAUUGAUCAGGAUAUUGUCAAUACAAUCAUCAAGCACUGCUCACCUCAAUUUUUUUCACUUGGUUUGCCUGGUGCCACAAUGCUUAUUAUGGAUUUUAUUGUAGCAGCUGGUAGAGUGGCUUCUUCAGCGUUUCUUAAUGCACCAAGAGUGGAAGCACAGGUUCUCCUGGGAUCUUUGGUUUGCUUUCCCAACUUAUAUUGUGAACUGCCUGCUCUGCAUCCCAACAUUCCUGAUAUUGCUGUGUCUCAAUUUACAGACGUUAAGGAACUUAUAAUCAAAACCGUAUUAAGCUCAGCAAGAGAUGAGCCCUCUGGUCCUGCACGAUGUGUAGCACUUUGCAGUUUAGGUAUUUGGAUUUGUGAAGAACUGGUCCAUGAGUCUCAUCAUCCUCAAAUUAAAGAAGCUCUGAAUGUAAUUUGUGUUUCCUUAAAGUUUACUAAUAAAACCGUAGCCCAUGUAGCUUGUAACAUGCUUCACAUGCUGGUUCAUUAUGUACCCAGACUUCAGAUUUACCAGCCUGAUUCUCCCUUGAAAAUUAUUCAAAUUCUAAUAGCCACUAUUACCCAUCUUUUGCCAAGUACAGAAGCUUCAUCUUAUGAAAUGGACAAGAGGUUAGUGGUAUCCUUACUUCUGUGCCUUCUGGACUGGAUUAUGGCCUUACCUCUAAAGACACUGCUCCAACCAGUCCAUGCUACAGGAGCAGAAAAUGAUAAAAUAGAAAAAUCUGUCCUCAAUUGUAUUUACAAGGUAUUACAUGGGUGUGUUUAUGGAGCUCAGUGUUUUAGCAAUCCAAGGUAUUUUCCACUAAGCCUCUCUGAUUUGGCAUCUGUAGAUUAUGAUCCUUUUAUGCAUUUGGAAAGUCUAAAAGAGCCUGAACCUCUGCACUCUCCUGAUUCAGAACGAUCUUCUAAACUCCAGCCAGUAACAGAAGUGAAAACUCAGAUGCAACAGGGAUUAAUCUCUAUAGCUGCCCGCACUGUUAUUACACAUCUGGUAAAUCACUUGGGCCAUUAUCCGAUGAGCGGUGGUCCUGCUAUGUUAACAAGUCAGGUGUGUGAAAAUCAUGACAAUCAUUACAGUGAAAGCACUGAACUUUCUCCUGAACUCUUUGAGAGUCCAAAUAUCCAGUUCUUUGUGUUGAACAAUACGACCUUAGUGUCCUGUAUCCAGAUCAGAUCAGAAGAGAGUAUACCUGGAGGAGGUUUAUCUGCUGGCCUUGCAUCAGCCAAUUCAAAUGUCAGAAUCAUAGUACGUGAUCUUUCUGGAAAAUAUUCAUGGGAUUCUGCCAUCCUGUAUGGACCACCUCUUGUAAGUGGUUUGUCAGAACCUACAUCUCUCAUACUUUCAUUGUCUCACCAAGAGAAGCUGGAAGAGCCUCCUAUAUCUAGUGAAUGCUUAGAAGAUGUAACAGUUAAAGAUGGGCUUUCUCUCCAGUUUAAAAGAAGAUUUAGAGAAACUGUACCAACUUGGGAUACAAUAAGAGAUGAAGAAGAUGUUCUUGACGAGCUUUUGCAGUAUUUAGGUGUAACUAGUCCUGAAUGCUUACAGAGAACUGGAAUCUCACUUAAUAUUCCUGCUCCACAACCUGUGUGCAUUUCUGAAAAACAGGAAAAUGACGUUAUUAACGCUAUCCUUAAGCAGCAUACAGAGGAAAAAGAAUUUGUUGAGAAACACUUUAAUGACUUGAAUAUGAAAGCUGUGGAGCAAGAUGAACCAACACCUCAGAAACCUCAGUCAGCAUUUUAUUAUUGCAGAUUGCUUCUUAGUAUAUUGGGAAUGAAUUCCUGGGACAAAAGGAGGAGCUUUCAUCUCCUGAAGAAAAAUGAAAAACUGCUUAGAGAACUUAGGAACUUGGACUCAAGACAGUGCCGAGAGACACACAAGAUUGCAGUAUUUUAUGUUGCUGAAGGACAAGAAGACAAACAUUCCAUUCUCACCAAUACAGGAGGAAGUCAAGCAUACGAAGACUUUGUAGCUGGUCUUGGUUGGGAGGUAAAUCUUACAAACCAUUGUGGUUUCAUGGGAGGACUACAAAAAAAUAAAAGCACUGGAUUGACCACACCAUAUUUUGCUACCUCUACAGUUGAAGUAAUAUUUCAUGUAUCAACAAGAAUGCCUUCUGAUUCUGAUGACUCUUUAACCAAAAAAUUGAGACAUUUAGGAAAUGAUGAAGUACACAUUGUUUGGUCAGAGCACACUAGAGACUACAGGAGAGGAAUUAUUCCUACAGAAUUUGGUGAUGUCCUUAUUGUAAUAUAUCCAAUGAAAAAUCACAUGUUCAGUAUCCAGAUAAUGAAAAAACCAGAGGUUCCCUUCUUUGGUCCACUUUUUGAUGGUGCUAUUGUGAAUGGAAAGGUCCUACCCAUUAUGGUUCGAGCAACAGCUAUAAAUGCAAGCCGUGCUCUGAAAUCACUGAUUCCAUUGUAUCAAAACUUCUAUGAGGAGAGAGCACGAUAUCUGCAAACAAUUGUCCAACACCACUUAGAACCAACGACAUUUGAAGAUUUUGCAGCACAGGUUUUUUCUCCAGCUCCCUACCAUCAUUUACCAUCUGAUGCCGAUCAUUAAAUAUCAGUUCUGUUUAUCUGAAGUUGGUAAGUAUAACAUUUGAAUUUACAAAGCAUUUGUCCAUUGUGAAACCUCAUCACUCUAACGCAUUGCAUGCCCAAUUGUAUUUCAUAUUAAAACCCGAUUACUAUCUUCUCUGCUCAUCUGUUAACACCUGUAAAAUUCUGCACUGUGUCUCUCACAUCUGUUAUCUAUCUUCUCUUUUCUCACUUCUGCUUGCUACUCCAUUUCUUCAUUCACAACAAAGAAAGAAAUGCAGUGAUAGUUCUCUUCCUCCCAAAACCUCCACUAGAAAACAUGGGCCAUUUCAAGGUAAACAGCCAUGGGAAGGCUUCUCGUGACUGGCCGGGAAUAGUAAUGCAUUACCCGAAAAGCAUGAGCUACUGCUCUUCACUCUCCUUCUGCCACCCAUCUGCAGUGCUUCCUCAAAAGGGCCAUGGAUUCAUAUUCUCCUCUGGGUUUUCCAGUAUAAGUCUCCUAUGAACCAGUUCACAUCUUCAGGAAGAGUAAAGGUGAACAGAAAUAUAUUUCCUUCUCUUUUUGAAGGCCAAGCUCAUUUCAAUUAAAAAGGAGAGAAUGUUGGAGAAGUUACUUUGAAAAGGAGGGCAGUUUAUCUGGAUUAGGAGUAGUGAUAAAAUAUUUUUCCUUGACAAUGUCUUCGUUCCUGAGUGUAACUAAUAUUUGGCCUUAAAAACACAGUGAAGUGUUCUACAGAGAUACAUUCUUGAUUUUCUAAGACAUCUCAGUAGGAUCUAUACCCCUUAUUAAACAGUUUUAUGUUUCCUUAUAAAUAUUCAUAAUUUCACUCUAGGCACAAAUGUUUCAUUAUGUGGAAGUAAUAGUAUAAGUAUUCCCAAGCCCAAAGUGUCUGUGAGGUCCUACACUGGUUAAUAUGCCAAAAGUUUCCCUAGUAAGUAAGGAAAUAUACGAAUUUAAGCCCUCAACUUGUGUGAUGUGACACGUACAGAUACUUUUCAUGUACGUAACACCAAGAAAAUCUGGAUUAAAGUGCCUUAAAAUAAACGGAAUUUUUAAAAAAUUGUUAUUCUGUUUGCAGAUUAUUUUUGUUUUUUGAAGGGUUUUUAUUUUUAUUUCUUAUUCACGAAAUAUUUGAGAACCUACAAUGUGCAAAGUUCUGUAGUAUUGCUGUAGAGAAUCAUAACUCAUAGAAAUAAAGUACAUAGGGGAAGAGCUAUGUAAAUGACGUGAAGAAUUUUCCAAUUUGAACUCGUUUUGCUUCUUUAAAAUUUUUAUAUCUACUAAAGUUAAGAAAACGAAAGCAUUGCCUAUUGCUUCUGAAUUGAGACACUUUGAGAGGUCAGUUUGUCUUUUUCGACUGACUUUCGGAAGAGAGUUCUUGUCCUCCUCCCUCCCCCCGGGAAUUUAUCUUGCUCCUUCUUAAAAGCAUAAAUUUAAAUACUUAGCAUGUAUAAUGGUCUCAUACCGUUAAGUUCCUUUUUGAAAAUGUUCGAUGCUGUUUUAUUUUCAAGUUGGAACAAUGAAGGCCUUUUUCUUGAUGAUACCCUAAACCCGAGAGAUAGGAAUUGGUCCUUUUCACCUGCUUCUUAAGCCCUUCCACGCAUGCUGAUGGUACUUUGGAUCCCUGUCCUUUCUGUCCCAAAGAUUUUGCUUCCCGUUGCUUUUUCCAAGGAGCUGGCUCUGGAAAUAAUGUUUGGUGGUUUCUUGCUAAUCUGAUGACAUGAGCCACCAGAGCACUGGGUUUUAAAUAAAAUAUUAGUAGACUGUUUUAACAAGCAAGUUUGGGGAUUGCUCUUUCCUCUCAAAAGACCUCGUUAAGGGUUGGACCCUUGCUGCAUCUGUGUAGCACAAAGGUUGUUUCUUAUGGGAGGAGAGACUGGAUGACUUGUAUUGAUGCUCUUGCUAUUUCCCACAGGCUCCUACCCAGAGAUUCUACCCAGUGAAACUCCCACAGCAACGCAGGUAGAUGGGGCUGACCUGGCCUCUCCAAUGUCUCCUCGAACUAGCAAAAGCCGCAUGUCCAUGAAGCUGCGUCGUUCCUCUGGUUCAGCCAAUAAAUCCUAAGGAGACAGCAGCCCAGCAGUGGCCAGCAGUAGCCACCUUAGCAUGCACACAGCAUUAACCCUUUCCAGCUUCGUGUUUGCCAUAACAUGCAUGUUCCUUCCUGAACAUUUAUUUUAGAAAACACUGGAUUUAAAUAAUUUGUAACUUAAUAUUUUAGAUUUGGAUUGUUUAUUCAGUUGUUUUUCCCACACACACACUCCAAGCUGCCAUAAGGGGGAGAGGGGUGGAAUUUUAUUCUGCACCCUUUUCCUUCCCUAGAUAAUUAUGUCUAAGUAGUUUUAAUUUUAUAAUUAACUUUGAGCCAAAAUAUAACUGGCCAGAUAGUCUCAUUAUUUUAUUUAUCUUGCCCCAUUGCAACUUUAUGGCUCAGUAAAUAUAUAAUUUUUUAUAAAUGUGCAUCUUUAAAUUUAAACAUUUGUAAAGUUAUAGCAAAGGUUACAGAUCUGUUAAUACACAGGAUGUGUAUGGAUUAUUUAUGUUACGAAAAUAAAACACUUAAAUGGUUUUUUGAAGCAUCUCGAAUUCCAGCUGAAAUAAUUUUAGCAUUAACUUUUUCUUCCCGAACCAAUAUCUCAUUUCUUGGCUGUGCAGGCAAUGCCAUGACACAUCUAAUAAUCAGAAAAAUCACUGUGCUGAACUUUGAUUCAUGUUUAGCUUCCAAAUAUUUUUCUAAUGUUCUGCUUUUUAAAUGGUAUCACUGUUAAAUGCCAUUUCUGUUUUGAGAUUGUGGCCCCUUAUUAUUGGCUGCUGGAUCCUGGUGUAUCUGUGUUCUUCCUUAAGUAUCAAAAAGGGAGGAAUUGGGGGUGGGGCAAAAGAAGACUUUCUGAUAUAAAGUCUGUGGCUUAAAUUAUGUGUAGUACUUUAAAAAAAAAAAAAAAGAACAUAACCCAGGAGUCUAAAUUAAUCUGAUGUUGUUAAUACUGAAUUUGCAGUCACAGGUUGGUAUACAUUCCACCCACCAGAAGUAUUUUCCUACAGUAGAUAAGCUGCUCACAUUUUGUUUUGAACAGGCAUCUCCUAAGGAAAUGUAGCAUGACAUUGAUACUAACUGCAUGUGUAAAUACAUCAUACUGCAAACUAUAAAAUAUAAAUUAUGUAUCAUCAUUCAUGUAGUAUCUACAAAUUUGUAACAGUGGAAAAAAAGAUGGUAUUUAAUAAUACAAUAAAAAUAUUCUUC